AAAUAAAAUCCCGUGUUUUCGGUCCGAAGGUGCAGUGUUUGGCUUUUUAUUUCGUGUGAGAUGCGAAUCAUAUUACAGGGGCAUUUCUGGAAUUAAAAGGGAAACUUCCUGCGUUGAAAGACCACCGAAAUAUAAAAUUAACGUCUAGCCUUACAUGGUGCUUUCAGCUUACCUACCAGCAAGUAAAUUAUGCUACCCUCAAUUCGAAUAUUUAAAUAGCCCAUAAGAUACAGUCUCAAUCAAAAUUCAUCAGUGUUCAUGUCAAAGGAGGUUUAAUUUUCUUCCUUGAUUUUCAUUCAUUCGUUCAUAUGAUAUAUAUAUAUAUAUAUUUUGAGUAUCAUCUUCUGUUACUUGUUCCUACCUAGUACCUAAUGUGCAACGUUAAAUGCAAUUUCUGAUCAGAAAUUCCAUGUUCUUAUGGACAGCUAUUUAAUAUUUUUAUUUCCCCACUUAAUCUGCUGCAGUUGAGCUAUUUACAGGGAGAUCAUCUUUCUUUGUGAUCAAUUUUUUUUUAUAUUGAUAUUGUUCUGGGAAAAUGCUUGUUUCCGCCCUUUUGACCUCAGUGGGAAUAAACUCUGGUCUGUGUAUCAUAUUUUUCACUUUGUACUCUAUAUUGAGCAAACAACCCAGCAAUUAUGAAGUUUAUGUGCCUCGUUUGAUGGCCGAAGGGAAAUCUAAAAGGAGAGGUCGUUUCAACUUGGAAAGGCUUAUACCUUCUACUGGCUGGUUAAAAAGUGCUUAUAUGCUCUCUGAAGACGAGUUGUUGUCAUCCUCGGGUUUGGAUGCUGUCGUUUUUAUGCGUGUUAUUACCUUCAGUCUGAAAGUAUUUUUGUUCGCGGGGGUUAUUGGAAUCUUUGUUAUUCUUCCAGUGAAUUGCUCCGGAGAUAAGCUUGACAAUCUUGACUUAACUAAUCUGUUUAAUAACUCAUUGGAUGUGUUUACCAUUUCGAAUGUAAACAAUGGCUCGAAAAGCCUAUGGAUUCACUUCUCUGCUAUUUAUAUAGUUACCAUAUUUGUCUGCUAUCUACUCUAUUAUGAGUACAGAUACAUUUCUUUAAAAAGAUUGUCUUAUUUUUAUUCAUCCAAGCCUCAACCACAUCAGUUCACUAUCUUGGUUCAUAGUGUGCCUGUUUCUCCUGGUAACAGUGUCAGUGACUGUGUUGAUAGCUUUUUUAAAGAGUACCACCCAUCAACAUAUCUGUCAAAUGUAGUUGUUCAUCGAACAAACAAACUUCGAAAUAUCAUUUAUGAUGCCAAGAAAUUGUACAGAAGGCUCAUUUAUUUACGGUCGGAUCCCGCGCAACACAAGUAUCAACGUAGCUGCUGUUUUGGACUGUGUGGCCGGAAGGUUGAUCUUGUAGACCAUUAUGGAAAGAGAUUAAAUAGUGUAGAGGAAAAUUUAAGGCUGCAUCAAACAGGGGUCUCAUUCACAGGAGAAGAAGUUCGAGCAGCUUUUGUGUCGUUUAAGUCUCGGUAUGGUGCUGCUGCUGCUUUUCACAUGCAACAAUCAAUCAAUCCCACACACUGGGUCACAGAGGAAGCUCCUGAGCCUCAUGAUGUUUAUUGGCCUUUCUUUUCAUCAUCAUUCAUGCGAAGAUGGAUAUCUAAGCUGGUGAUUGUUGUUGCAUGUAUUCUUCUUACAAUCUUAUUUCUUAUACCAGUUGUAAUUGUGCAAGGUCUUACUAACUUGAGUCAGCUGGAAAUUUGGUUUCCCUUCCUCAAAAGCUUUCUAACCACAACUAUGGUUAGUCAAAUUGUCACCGGAUAUCUUCCUAAUCUUAUUCUUCUGUUAUUUUUGAAAAUGGUCCCCCCGAUCAUGGAGUUUCUUUCAUCUAUUCAAGGAUAUAUUUCUCACAGUGACAUAGAAAAGAGUGCAUGCAAGAAAGUACUUUGGUUCACAAUAUGGAACAUAUUUUUUGCUACUGUAUUUUCUGGCUCAGCUUUAUCUCAGCUUAACAUCUUCCUUGAGCCUAAGAAUAUUCCUUCAAAGCUAGCUAAGGCUGUCCCUGCACAGGCAUCAUUUUUCAUAGCAUAUGUUGUCACAUCUGGAUGGACAAGCGCUUCAUCAGAAUUGUUUCGUGUAAUUCCUUUGCUUUGCAGUCUGGUAACAAGACCAUUUACUGACAGUAAAGAUGAUGAACUUGAAGUUCCUUCUAUUGCAUUCCACAAGGACAUUCCAAGGAUUCUUUUCUUUGGACUCCUUGGAUUUACAUACUUCUUUCUAGCUCCGCUUAUUCUGCCCUUUCUCUUGGUGUACUUCUGUCUUGGAUACAUAAUUUUUCGUAAUCAGUUUAUUAAUGUUUAUGCACCUAAGUAUGAAACUGCCGGCAAGUUUUGGCCUAUUGUGCACAAUUCAAUGAUAUUUUCUCUGCUACUCAUGCACGCCAUUGCAGUGGGAAUAUUUACAUUGAAGAAGCUCCCUAAAGCAUCAACCUUCAUUAUUCCUCUUCCAAUCCUUACUCUUCUUUUCAAUGAGUACUGCCGCAAACGCUUCCUUCCAAACUUUGUUGCCUACUCUGCUGAGAGUUUGAUUAAAAGGGAUAGGCAGGAUGAAGGCGAUCCUGCAAUGGCUGAAUUUUUUGAAAAACUGGUCACUUCUUAUGAGGACCCAGCUAUGAUGCCAAUUCAUUUCUCUUCUGAUAGUGAUACUGAUAGCCUUCACAGUCCCUUGAUCAAUUGGGCUCGAGUUUGAGAUUGAUUUUUUGUUUCUUAAGUAAAUUUCUCUAUAAUCUAGACAACAAUUGAUUCUUUUUGCAUUUGCAAAAUAGUGUCAUGCGUGUUGCUGGUACAUGCACGUUGUAGUUGAUAUUUAUAGAUCAAAUCAGAGAUUAUACG